AUGUCUGCUGGUGGUCCUGACACACUUCCCCUCAACAUCAUGCGCAAGCGCACAGCUGAAGAAGUCAACAAAGACGUCAGCGCCACGGCGGAUCGCUUUCGUGAGCGCUUUGAGGGAAAAACUGCCUCCGUUAGCGAACGCAAGGCGGAGACGACAACGAUGGUGAACGAGUACUACGACCUCGUGACGGACUUUUACGAGUAUGGCUGGGGACAACAUUUUCACUUUGCCCCGCGCUAUUUUGGUGAGUCCUUCUUUGAGUCGAUCGCCCGUCACGAGUACUUUUUGGCGUACCAAGGACAGUUCAAGCCGACCGACACGGUGCUCGACUUGGGCUGCGGUGUUGGCGGUCCGGCACGCAACAUUGUGCGCUUCACUAACUGCAACGUGAUGGGCGUCAACAAUAACGAAUACCAGAUCAGCCGCGCCCGCCGUCACGACACCAAGCACGGUAUGAACAGCAAGAUCAACUACACCAAGACGGACUUCAGCGAAAUGUGUUUUGGUGAUAACGAGUUUGACGGUGCCUACGCUGUUGAGGCUACAUGCCAUGCUUCAGACAAGGUGAAGUGCUUUAAGGAGGUAUACCGUGUCAUCAAGCCUGGAAGUUACUUUGUCCUGUACGAGUGGUGUGUUACGGACAAGUAUGAUCCAAACAAUGAGGAGCAUCGUCGUAUUAUUCACCAGAUUGAGCUUGGUGACAGCCUUCCCGAACUGGAGACUGCGCAGCAGGUGCUUCGGGCGCUGGAGGCAUCUGGCUUCACUGUAGAGGACAGCUUCGAUGUGGCGGAGCGCUUUGAGUCAAGCCCGAUCAAAAACACGGCAUGGUACGCACCGCUGCAAGGGAGCUACACGACACUGACAGGCUUCAAGUCCACCCCGGUGGGUCGCUGGAUCACAAACAAAAUGUGCCAUGUGUUGGAGUUUGUUGGCCUUGCGCCGCGAGGCACAUAUAAGACGACUGAGAUUCUUGAGGAGGCCGUAAAGGGUCUCGUGCUAGGAGGCGAGAUGGGCAUUUUCACCCCGUCCUUCUUUGUGAAGGCGCGGAAGCCGCUCCCUGGUGAGAAACAAAAUAAGUAG